AUCGGAUACAUCUAUAAUAGCCCUAAACGGGCCUUUAAUUCGCAACCUGUUUCCGCCUCCUUUGACCUUCUAUAAAUCCCCCCGAUAAAACGUAUCGACAUGUCAGCGGUCAGUCGUAUUCGCGGCGCUUUCGCCGUGCCUAGGAAGGGCGAGACGUUUGAGUUGCGAGCUGGUCUGGUAUCUCAAUAUGCCUGGGAACGAAAGGAAUCAAUCCAAAAGACAAUUAUGGCCAUGACCCUGGGUAAAGACGUCUCACAACUAUUUCCCGACGUGCUUAAGAAUAUCGCGACCGCCGACCUCGACCAAAAGAAGCUCGUUUAUCUCUACCUAAUGAACUACGCCAAGUCGCACCCUGACUUGUGUAUCCUCGCCGUCAAUACCUUCGUCCAAGACUCAGAAGACCCGAAUCCCCUCAUUAGAGCACUCGCCAUUAGAACGAUGGGUUGCAUUCGAGUAGAUAAGAUGGUGGAUUAUAUGGAGGAGCCCCUACGGAAAACGCUGCGAGACGAAUCACCAUACGUGCGAAAGACAGCUGCCAUCUGCGUCGCGAAGCUUUUCGACCUAAAUCCAUCCAUGUGCAUAGAAAACGGCUUUCUCGAAAUUCUUCAAGAGAUGAUUGGAGAUCCUAACCCUAUGGUGGUUGCCAACUCGGUGCAAGCCCUCUCAGAAAUAUCCGAGACUGCACCCGAGACUAGAGCAUUGGUUAUAACGCCGGCGACCCUCAAGAAGCUGCUUAUGGCCCUGAAUGAGUGUACGGAAUGGGGUAGGGUAACUAUCCUUUCGACCCUGGCCGAUUAUCCACCCCAAGAUGUCAAGGAGUCGGAGCACAUCUGCGAACGAGUAGCGCCUCAGUUUCAACACGUGAACCCUAGCGUCGUGCUUGCUGCUGUAAAGGUAGUAUUCAUUCACAUGAAAUUGAUCAACGCGGAUCUCGUGCGGCAAUACCUCAAGAAGAUGGCGCCUCCAUUAGUGACGCUUGUCGCAUCCGCCCCCGAAGUCCAAUAUGUCGCGUUACGAAAUAUCGAUCUCCUCCUUCAGGCCAAGCCCGACAUCCUAAGUAAAGAAUUACGAGUAUUCUUCUGCAAGUACAACGAUCCGCCUUAUGUAAAGCUUCAAAAGCUCGAAAUUAUGGUCAGGAUAGCGAACGAGAAGAACUACGAGCAAUUGCUGGCCGAGUUGAAAGAGUAUGCGUUGGAAGUAGACAUGGAUUUUGUUCGACGAGCUGUCAAAGCCAUCGGACAAGUUGCAAUUAAAAUUGAGGGCGCAAGCGAAAAAUGUGUCAAUGCACUACUAGAUCUAAUCGCUACCAAGGUCAACUAUGUGGUUCAAGAAGUGAUAGUGGUAAUUAAGGAUAUUCUUCGAAAAUAUCCGGGUUACGAAGGAGUCAUCCCAACUCUCUGCAAUCACAUCGAUGAGUUAGAUGAGCCCAACGCCAGGGGUUCACUAAUAUGGAUUGUCGGCGAGUAUGCGGAAAAGAUUAAUAACGCAGAUGAAAUAUUGGCGAGCUUUGUGGACGUCUUCCUUGAGGAGUUUACACAGACGCAACUACAGAUUCUGACUGCUGUUGUUAAAUUAUUCUUAAAAAAGCCAAGCAACAAUCAAGGGCUGGUGCAGAAGGUCUUACAAGCUGCAACGGCAGAAAACGACAAUCCAGAUAUUCGUGACCGGGCAUACGUAUAUUGGCGGCUUCUGUCGGGGGAUCUUGCCGUCGCAAAGAAUAUCGUCCUCUCGCAGAAACCCGCCAUUUCAACCACAAUGACGAGCUUGCCAGCAACUCUUUUAGAGCAGCUUCUUGGCGAACUAUCAACUUUGGCCUCGGUCUAUCACAAGCCGCCUGAGUCUUUCGUCGGUAAGGGUCGUUUCGGUGCCGACGAGAUCCAACGAGCUGCCAUCCAGGAACAACGACAGAAUGCAGCUGAAAACCCUAUCGCGGCAUCAGUUGCAGCUGCCACCCAAAACGGGGCACCGGCACAGAGCAACAUCGAAAACCUUUUGGAUAUUGAUUUCGACGGUGCUGCACCGGCUUCGCAAGAGCAGAAUUCGGCGUCAGCUACCCCGGAACGCGUAGCAAGUCCGGCUGGUGGAACUUCAUCGAGCGGGAUGGCGGAUAUGAUGGGACUCUUCGAUGCUCCGCCGCCUCAAACUAAUCCUGCUAGCGGUAGCGGCGGCGCAAAUGAUUUAAUGAACGGAUUUGCAGGAUUGGAUUUGAGUGGAUCAAGCCAGCCUCCUCCAGCAUCGGUUCAACUUGGCCACGGAGGCGCGAGUAUAGAACAGAAGAAAACUACGAACAAUGAUGAUCUACUGGGUCUCUUUUAGGCGAGCCCCGACCAAAAUCCUCGUUUGGCGGAAACACGAAAUCCACAGGCCGAAGAUCACCGAAAGGACAGCGGGGACGACUAGUGUUGGGUCUGAAAUAGA